AUGCACCAGAACGGAUUCACCAACAUCACAGGGUACGAUGAGGGUGGCUGGUCUCCGAUAUGUUUUGCCGCAAUGAAAGGAGACCCGGUCGUGAUCUCCGCAUUGAUCGACAAGGGCGCGUCCCCAAAUGACCAAACACAGCAAAGCAAGAUCAUGGCCCACAUGCCCAAAAAAAUGACGGUGCUUGGCCUUGCGACCUGCUUUCGGAACCUGGAGGCCAUGAGAGUUCUCAUCGAUGCGAAUGCGGACGUCAACGGUCGCGACGAACGUGGAGACGGUGCGCUUCACUGGGCCUGCGUUUCGGACAAUCACCAGGGCGCCCGACUGCUGCUUGAGGCGGGCGCAGAUCCCUUCAUGCUGGCGGGACCGGGGGCCUCGCCAUUCGCUACAGCAUGCUCGACAGGUUCGGUGAGCACCGCGAAGGAGAUGCUGCAAGUUCCCGGCGUCCACCUAAAAGAUUGCUUCUUUUGGUGCCUGAUGUUCCAUGGAGGCUCCUUGGACAUGAUCUCAAUGUUGCUUGAUGCCAAAGCAGAUGUGAACGAGCAGUACUACACCACCCUGGACAACCCGGCCAUGUGGGCAGUGAUGAAGAUGUACGGCGUGAAGCAUCUCCUCAGUCCUUCACGCCUGACUUACGUGGCCUACAACCACCAGGGCGCUACGCCUCUGAUGUUCAGCAUCAUGAACGGCCACUUUGAGGCUUCUUGCGCGCUUGUGAAAUGGGGCGCAGAUCUGGAGCUUUGCAACGGAAGGGGCAAAACUGCAGCAGAUUUGGCGAAGGAGAUCUUGGCACCCGCAGACCUGAUCGAGACACUCGAGGGCCCGAGCAUGCACGGCAAAGAGGAUCCCAUCGAUCCCAUCAGGAAUGAUGAUCCAGAUGCAAUGGUGUCAACCUUCAUGUGA